ACAUAGCAGGCAGAGGCAGGCGUAGGAACAUAUAACAACCGAAUUAAAUUGGAACGUAAUUUUCCUAGACACAAUUUUUGGCUUUUAGUUGAGAAAAUUUGUUUUGCUAGUGCGAACACGAAGAAGUACACUCUAAUUUCGCGAGUACACUUAACGAGUUACAUAAAAUCGAUAUAUGAAUAACGAGAAUACGAAAGAUUUUCACGAAGCACGCGUUUGUCUUUUCGAUUAGAAUAUGCAUUCGCUUAAUUGGACCUCGCGUUUAAUAUCGCGAGCGUUACGUAGCAGCCUGUCGACCCUGAUCGACACUGCCACUGGUGCCACCCCAAAGAACGGACAAGUGAGAGCACCCCGACCCCACUUCGUUUCCGUCGUUUGUGGAUUUGCAAAGGACAAUUUACGUCACAAAUACAAGCCUGGCAAGUACGGGGAGGACUCGUGGUUUAAGGCUUCCACAGAUCAGGCAGAUGUGGUGGGCGUAGCAGACGGUGUCGGUGGCUGGCGCAGCUAUGGUAUUGACCCAGGAGAGUUUUCAUCCUUUCUAAUGCGGACAUGUGAGCGGCUGGUGCACUGUACACACUUCAACCCGCAGCGGCCCGUCAACCUGCUUGCCUACAGCUAUUGCGAACUUAUGGAACAGAAAAAACCCAUAUUGGGCAGUAGCACAGCCUGCGUGCUGAUCCUGAAUCGUGACACCAGCACUGUUCACACGGCCAAUAUCGGGGACAGCGGUUUCAUUGUAGUACGGCAAGGCGAAAUCGUACACAAGUCUGAAGAACAGCAACACUACUUUAACACACCUUUUCAACUAUCCCUGCCUCCGCCUGGACAUGGCCCCAACGUACUCAGUGACAGUCCCGAAUCGGCUGACACCAUGAGUUUUCCCGUGAAAGACGGUGACGUCAUUUUAAUCGCCACUGACGGUGUGUUCGACAACGUACCCGAGGCGCUGCUGUUACAGGUGCUACGUGAAGUAGAGGGGGAACGCGAUCCCGUCAAGCUACAAAUGACAGCCAACACCUUGGCUCUGAUGGCGCGUACGCUUUCUCUCAACAGUGAAUUUCUGUCGCCAUUUGCCAUCAGCGCUCGUCGGAACAAUAUUCAAGCCCGGGGUGGAAAACCCGACGACAUCACUGUGGUACUUGCGACCGUAGCAAUUUGAAGAUAGCUUAGUAUUUAAUGUAAUUGUAGUCCGUAUAUAUUUAGUUAGCCGUUAGGAGUUUGUUUCGUAGUUCUGUCUAAUUGUAAGCUGCAUGUUGAGAUUGAAAACGAGAACACACUUUCAAUUGUUAGUUACAUAUAUACAUAGCCACUCAUGCAUACACUAUACCCCUAUUACAUACUAAUCGGCGGAUAAUCAUCCUGGUCAACGCAAAUAAUCUAUUAUGUCAAAGCGAAACGACCCGAUUGGGAGUGAAGUGCGACUGCAAAGUCUUGAUCUACAAUAUACGAUGUAUGUAUAAAUUUUAGAUGCGAUUUGAGAAACGACGAGUCUUAAUCAACAAAUUACAAAAUACCCUUGAACCCUAUGAAAAAACACACAAUUAUUGAACUGACAAUUUAUGUAUCUAGGCGACUGUCUUAAAAUUCUUUGUCGAAUGUAUUCACUGAUAUUGCGAUCCAAUAAAUAAUCAUUAACAAAUUA